AUGAACGGCACAGCGAAGAGCCAUCUCUUCUCUUCGCUCACAAUCAGAGGACAGACACUGAAGAAUCGGAUCUGCGUUCCGGCGUUGUGUCAGUACUCGGCGACCGACGGGUUGGCCAACGACUGGCAUUUGGUGAACGCGGGCUCAUUCGCGAGGGGAGGCGCGGCGCUCGUCGUGAUGGAGGCCACGGGUGUGGAGCCCAGGGGUCGCAUAACUCACCAGUGUUUGGGUCUGUGGUGCGACCAACAGAUCGAGCCGUUGGCCAGAAUCGUGCGAUUUGUGAAAAGUCAGGGCGCAGUCGCCGGCAUUCAACUGUCACACGCCGGCCGUAAGGGCAGUAAUUUGCCGCCAACUGUGGGCCGGGGCUCUAUACCCGACUCGGAGGGCGGUUGGCCUACGAUCGGGCCGUCGGCCAUCGCUUUCGGCGCUAAUAUGGAUAAAGUGCCCAAAGAGGCCACCGUUGAGGACAUUCAUUGCAUUACCGGUGCGUUUGUUUCGUCGGCUCUCCGUGCGGUCAAAGCGGGCUUUCAGGUGAUUGAGUUGCACUUAGCGCAUGGUUAUCUGAUCAGCACAUUCCUAUCGCCCAUCUCUAAUCAUCGGACCGACCGAUACGGCGGUUGUCUCGAGAAUCGGAUGCGUUUCGGUCUUGAAAUGGCCGAAAGUGUGCGAAACUCUUUGCCCGACGACAUUGUUUUGGGCGCAAAGGUUUCGGUCACCGAUUACGCCGACAACGGCUGGGAUUUGAAGCAAACCCUGGAGUUUGCUAAACGCUUGAAGGCGUUGGGCGUCGACUACAUUACGGCCAGUAGUGGUGGUGUUGUGUCGGGCGUUGAGUACAAACAGACGGCUAAAGUGCAUCUGAACGCCGCCCAGAGUUUGGUGGAAGAGGUGGGCGUAACGGCCGGAGUGGUC